GGACAACAGGCGCCUGACAUCACGCCCGGCUAAUUUUUGUAUUUUUAGUAGAGACGGAGUUUCACCGUGUUAGCCAGGAUGGUCUCGAUCUCCUGACCUCGUGAUCGGCAUGCCUCGGCCUCCCAAAGUGCUGGAAUUACAGGCGUGAGCCACCGCACCCGGCCCAAAAAUCUUUUUUUAAAACAAAUAUUCAUAAGAAACUUGUUUAGGCUCGAGGAAAAUUAGAGAAAGAACUUUAGAUUCUUUAAUGCAAAAUGAGCUCCAAGACUCAUUCUCCACCUCACCCUUUUAACUGCACUAGGGAAUCUUGUAUAUAAACCAUUUAUUAACUUCUUAGCUACUGUUAUUAUAGAGUACAGUCCCUGGCAUCACACACUGCAGAGAUGGAUAACCAAGGAGUAAUCUACUCAGACCUGAAUCUGCCCCCAAACCCAAAGAGGCAGCAACGAAAACCUAAAGGCAAUAAAAGCUCCAUUUUAGCAACUGAACAGGAAAUAACCUAUGCGGAAUUAAACCUUCAAAAAGCUUCUCAGGAUUUUCAAGAGAAUGACAAAACCUAUCACUGCAAAGAUUUACCGUCAGCUCCAGAGAAGCUCAUUGUUGGGAUCCUGGGAAUCAUCUGUCUUGUCUUAAUGGCCUCUGUGGUAACGAUAGUUGUUAUUCCCUCUACAUUAAUACAGAAGCACAACAGUUCUUCCCUGAAUACAAGAACUCAGAAAGCACAUCGUUGUGGCCAUUGUCCUGAGGAGUGGAUUACAUAUUCCAACAGUUGUUAUUACAUUGGUAAGGAAAAAAGAACUUGGGAAGAGAGUUUGCUGGCCUGUGCUUCGAAGAACUCCAGUCUGCUUUCUAUAGAUAAUGAAGAAGAAAUGAAAUUUCUGGGCACCAUUUUACCUUCCUCAUGGAUUGGUGUGUUUCGUAACAGCAGUCAUCAUCCAUGGGUGACAAUAAACGGUUUGGCUUUCAAACAAGAGAUAAAAGACUCAGAUAAUGCUGAACAUGACUGUGCAGUGCUACAUACACGUGGACUUAGAUCAAACAAGUGUGGAUCUUCAAUACUAUAUCAUUGUAAGCAUAAGCUUUAGAGGUAAAGCGUUUGCGUUUGCAGUUCAUCAGAUAAAUUUUAUAUUUCUUCAAAUAGAAAUAAUAUUAUGAUUGCAUAAAUCUUAAAAUGAAUUAUGUUAUUUGCUCUAAUAAGAAAAUUCAAAAUCAAUUAUUGAAAUAGGAUACACACAAUUACUAAAGUACAGAUAUCCUAGCAUUUGUGUCGGGCUCAUUUUGCUCAACAUGGUAUUUGUGGUAUUCAGCCUUUCUAAAAGUUGCAUGUUAUGUGAGUCAGUUUAUAUGAAGUAUCAAGAACAGUCAAACCCAUGGAGACAGAAAGUAGAAUAGUGGUUACCAAUGUCUGAGGGAGGUUGAAAUAGGAGAUGACCACUAAUUGAUAGAACAUUUCUUUGUGUCAUGAUGAAAACUUUCUAAAUUUCAGUAGUGGUGAUGGUUGUGACUCUGUGAAUAUACUAAACAUAACUGAUUUUUAAUCAUUUUAAGUGGAUGAAAUGUAUGCUUUG